UUGAGCAUUCCUAACUAAGAAAGAAGCGGUUUGUUGAAUGAGCUGUCCAUAGUGUUUCAUACCGUGUAAUUCCUGCAAAGCUCGUUUAUCUCGUAUUUUCCAUCAAGGUUGAAUUUUACAUUUUGUGUGUGUGUGUGUGUUUCCAAAGAUGUUAUAUAUAUGAGUAAUUUUCUUUUCUUGAAAGAAUUCGAUGAUGCAUUUAGAAGUGAAGAAUAAUUUCACAGUUCCUUACUGCCGUUUUGCAUGCAUUCUGAGAACAAUCGAGUCAUUAACUAUCAUUAUUCGAAUGUUGCGUGCAUUUCUAUCAUCGCAAAGGUUUCUGACUUAUUAGCUUUCUUUGUAAAAUUCACGACCUGUCUUUUAGCUGAAACAACAUGAAACAUGUACGAAGAAUUAUUUUCAACUAAAAUAUUACAUAUAUUUUUACCAAUUUGAAAUUUCUUAUAGUUACCGAUUUCUUAUAGCUCUUUUAAAAUCUACAGUAAGUGACAAAUUCGUUUAGGAAUAUCAAGUAAUAAAUUGACUUCUAAGGCGAAAAAAGAACCAACAGGAAUCUGCUUAGCUGAAUACGUAGAAUUUUAUAAAGGAGAUUUUAAGAGUUCCAGCCAUUCAGCUCGUUCAAACUUGAAGAUGGAUUCUGAAAAAUUCAUGCUGAGUAUAGCUGACUAUAUCAUGUUCGCUGCAUUGCUAGCAGUUUCUGCUGGAAUAGGCGUCUUCUUCAUUUUCAAGAGCAAAAAGAAUACCAACGACGAAUACCUGCUUGCUGGAAAAGACAUGUCCAUUUUGCCAGUUGCCUUUUCUCUGAUGGCCACUUUCAUGUCUGCCACCACUUUGAUGGGGAUUCCAGCAGAAAUGUACCUGUAUGGUACUAAUAUGGCUUUUAUGAACAUUGGCUUCAUCAUUGGACCUAUCAUUACGUCAUACAUUUUCUUACCCAUUUAUUUUGCCAACGAUAUAUCAACGGCUUAUGAAUAUUUAGAAAAGCGAUUUGGAAAAACGACGAGAAAAAUCACUUCAGCUAUGUUUGUCAUUCAAAAUUUAUUGUUCACGUCUGCUACACUGUAUGCUCCAGCCUUAGCACUAAGUGCUGUUACCAGCUUAUCUAUGUGGAUGUCGGUCAUUUCAGUUGGACUGGUGUGCACUUUCUAUUGCACCUUAGGUGGCAUGAAAGCUGUUCUGUGGGCAGAUGUUUUCCAAGCUGCCCUAAUGUUCGUCUGUUUGUUUGCUGUCAUUGUGCAAGGAUGUUUACUUUUGGGUGGAAUACGAGCUGUCUUUGACAUAGCUGAUGAAGGUGGAAGACUAUUUAUCCCAAAAUUCUCAUUCGACUUAGGCGCUCAUUACACAUUUAUCAACAUUUUUGCUCAAGGAAUGAUCAUUACGAUGUCUUCUUAUGGAGGAGGUCAGUGUCAGGUGCAGAGACUUAUGACUGUAAGGAAUCUGAAGCGAUCAAGAAUAGCAGCUUUCAUCAGCAUUCCCAUGAUAGUGAGUUUCCAGUUACUUUGCUGCGUGUGUGGUUUAGUGCUGUACGCAUAUUUCCGAUACUGCGAUCCGAUGUCUUCCAACAACACGCCUAUUCAUUCCGCAGAUCAGCUCAUGCCAUAUUUUAUAUCCGUCACUCUGGGCCACCUACCUGGUAUACCGGGCCUUUGCAUCUGUGGCAUCUUCAGCGCUUCACUCAGCACCGUCUCAUCGGCCAUCAACAGUCUGGCGUCAGUCGCUACAGAGGACUUCAUCCGGCCAAUGUUUCCCAAGCUCAACGUUACUGCUCUUCACACCAAAAUUAUGAGUCUCGUAUUCGGAAUUGUCUGCAUAGCGCUGUCCUUCAUCAUCGCUUCUUUGGGGCAUCUCAUCAAGAUGUCGGUCAUUAUCUACGGAAAUUUGGCAGGCCCUAAUUUGGCUGUCUUCCUACUGGCAGCCUGCACUACCACCGCCAAUGAAGGGGGUGUCAUCCUUGGUAUUGUGACAAGCAUAAUAUUAGCCUGUUGUAUCAGUUUCAUACCCGAGAACAAGACGGAUUCUUUUCUUCCGCUUUCCAACGAAUGUACUUCGUUAGAACAGACACAACUGAACACAAGCUUUGUAUCUACCUUUACCAGUUUUCAAAAUUACACAAAAUACUCUUAUUCAAAUGCAACAGUGACAUCCUUUAAUGCAACAACAACAGAUGAAGGAGAUACAUUUCAUAUAUCUUAUAUGUGGGUGUCAACCAUUGCUCUGAUUGCAUGUUGGGUCAUUGGUUAUGUAGGAAGCGUAAUAAUAUCACUUUAUAAAGGAAAACCGGAAGAUGUCCCAGAAAUUUUGUUGUGUCCAAUCAGAAAUCGGUUCUCUAAAAGGAACUUAAAAAAUAAAGUUUCAGAAAGAAAGGACGAUGACGAAUUGGAAACGAAGCCAAGUUCUAAAGAUGAAACUAAAUUUUGAAAAGAGUUUCAACCUUUUUGAUUAUGCACUAAACUGUAAUUACUAACAAUAUUGGAAUCUAAUGGCAGAAGAAAACUUUUUCGAACUUUCCAACUAUUCUAUUUUUUGAUUUGCAAUGUACAAAUCCAAGAUUGCAUGAUGCUUUGAGAUUCUUUGCUACUGAAGAAAAAGCUAAGAAAUCCAAUCAAAUAUCUAAAAAAAAAAGAAAUAAUAAAGGCUUAGUAAGUAAAAAAAAGAACAAAAAAUCUUUAUAUGUAGGAAACGUUAUGCAUUACAUCAUAUUAUUACAUUA